UACAGCUAUAUGCACACAGUGGACAUAACCACCCCCUUUCUCCGCCUGUUAUCAGUAGCUGGUGAGCAAUCAGACAGAGAGGGGACCGCCUAUCGCUGUAAAAGUUUUUCCUCCACUCCGAAGGGUCAAAGUCGGAACCAACGACUACAGUCAAAGCUAGAUUUGACGCGAUUUCACCUCAAGAGGCGGAUUAAGAAAGUUUACACUUUUCAAGCCUGAUGGCUCCACUGCUGAAAUGCAGCCUUUUUAUUCUGCUGGCGUGCUUAAUAACGCUCGUUCCUGUGGGGGCAGAAGGAAAAGGCUUUCACAGACAGAAAAGAGAAUGGAUCAUAGCUCCCAGACAGCUCGUGGAGAACCACGAUUACACAACCUUGGAUCAUAUCGCUAGAAUUCGCUCUGAUAAGGAGAACUACACCACAAUAUGGUAUUAUCUAUCGGGGCCUGGUGUUGACCAGUCCCCUGUUGGUAGAUUUGCUAUUGACCGUGACACUGGCUUUGUGAAAAUCUUUUCCAUUCUGGACCGAGAGGAGACCUCCUCCUAUCAUCUACGAGGCUUGGCAAAAUUCACUGAUGGGACCCUUGCUGAAAAGGAUAUUGACCUUCAUAUUACUGUUUUGGAUGUAAAUGACAACCCACCGAUCAUUAAAGUACAGCAAGUUGGAUAUGUCAAUGAAUCAAGUGCAGCAGGUACUUUUGUGAUGAAAGUGAUAGCAACUGAUGCUGAUCAAGAGAACACAGCCCACUCCAAGAUUGUCUACAGAAUUGUGGGGCAGAGUAGCACAGCAGGGAUGUUCUCCAUCAUCUCUGAUACUGGAGAGGUCAUUGUUCGACAGAGCACUCUAGAUAGAGAGACACAGGAUACAUAUACGUUGACUAUAGAAGCAUCCGAUAUGGGUGGACAAGCGGGAGGACUGUCAGGAACCGGAGAAAUUGUGGUCAAAAUUCUGGACAUAAAUGACAAUAUUCCAACCCUGGAAAAAGAAUCCUAUGAAGGGAGUGUGCAGGAGAACACUGUCAAUGUGGAAGUGAUGAGGAUCAAAGCCGUUGACAUGGAUCUGAUUUACACUGAAAACUGGCUGGCUGUGUAUGAAAUCGUUUCAGGGAAUGAGGCAGGCUAUUUCACUAUCACUACUGAUAAUCGGACCAAUGAGGGAAUUAUCAUGAUUCACAAGGCCUUGGACUAUGAGGAACUAAAGACACUUAACUUGGAAGUGGCUCUUUCUAACAAAGCAGCAUAUAAUUUUGGCAGUGGGAUCAUGACUGGGCCUAUAAUCCCAAAAACAUACCCUGUUAAAAUCAAUGUGAUCAAUCAGAAGGAAGGCCCCCGAUUCCAACCAAGUGUCAAAGUGGUGACUAUCUCUGAGGACCAGUCUUCCGUCUUCAUCAACAAAGUUAUCACUACCUACUCUGCUAUUGACAGUGACACGCUAAAAACAGCCACCAACGUAAGGUAUGCUAAAUUCAAAGAUGAGGGCAACUGGUUGAUUGUUGAUGAAAAGACGGCAGAGAUCAAGCUGAAUAAGCUUCCUGACAGAGAGUCCAAGUUAUUGAUCAAUGGAACAUAUUAUGCUGAAAUUAUAUGCAUCUCCAAUGAUGAUUCCUCAAAAACUGCCACAGGGACCAUAGCCAUUCAGGUGGAGGACUUUAAUGAUCACUGUCCAAAACUGACCACUACAAUCCAGACCAUGUGCCUCGAGGAGGCACAUAGUGUGAUCUACGCCACAGCCGUAGACGAAGACAAGUUCCCCAAUUCUGCACCAUUUGAAUUCACUGUGAUUCAGGGGAGCAGCCAGGGAGGAUGGAAAGUGGAGUAUCUUAAUGAAACCACAGCCAUUCUGCGAGACCAAGCCAACUUGUGGCCAGGCACGUACAAAGUGGCAGUGGAGAUCAAAGACCAGCAGGGAAAGUCAUGUGCUGAUGUUCAGAUGAUGGACGUAAUUGUGUGUAGUUGCCAUGAUGUCACUAAAACCUGUACGCAGCGCACUGCAAAGACUGUGGAUUUUGGAGCUAAAGGUGUCCUGCUUCUGCUCCUGGGACUGCUGCUUCUGCUAUUGUUGCCCCUUCUGCUGCUGUUCUGCCUGUGUGGAGGUGCAGCAGCUAUUGGAGAUUUCAAGGCCAUACCAUAUGAUACGAAGCAACAGCUCAUCUCAUAUCACACUGAGGGACAGGGAGAAGACAAGGAAGUACCUCUUCUACAUGUCCCAGUGGAAGUUGAUGGUGGCACAAUGAAUGCCAAAAACAUCAACACCUAUGAGGGAAAGGGGAACUUUGGAGAACUGAAUGACUUUGGAGCUGCAGCAGGGGGAAAAGGCACGGGCCUAAAUACUUUAACCAUGACAGCCGAGGACAUGCGCCUGUACAACCAAUAUAACCAUUCCGGUUGGCAGGGGGGCUUUGACUACAGUAAUGCUGGGAUGAUGACCGGACAAGAAAAUAAUUUCUCCCAUUACAGGGCUGGGGCCUUUGAUGGGAUGGCUCUAUCUGAUCAGUUCCUGGAGGAGUAUUAUUCAAGUAAAGCCAACCAUGCUGCACACCAAUCCCAGCAAAAGGACGCUCUGCUGGUCUAUGACUAUGAGGGUAAAGAGUCCCUGGCAGGUUCUAUAGGUUGCUGCAGCCUUCUUGAGAAUGACAAUGACCUUGCGUUCCUCAAUGAUCUCGGGCCUAAAUUCAAAACCCUGGCUGAGGUUUGUCAGGGGUCGACCUUGGUAACGGAGUCUGUGGAAGCAGAGCUUUCUAUCUCUCCACCCAGACCAGUGUCUCCUGUCUGGCCCUCCACCAACACAUAUGUCCAUACUCACACAAAAAUCAGGGACAGGGACCACGCCAACAUCAACACCCUCAACACCUCCAAUGUAGCGUCUGGAUGCUCCACCAUUGUGCAUGAGGAGAGAAUCACUGAGAGAGCCCAGGGUUCAGACACCGUUCCCAGCGUACAUGUCCAAGACAAGAGUGGGAUUUCCAGUCAGACGCUGCUCAUACAGCAGCCCACGAUGUACUACGCUGCCACACCCAUGUAUGUAGUUGAGUCCAAGCCCCAAAUGGUGCUUGUGUCAGGGGGCACCCAGCAGGCAAUGAGUCAAGUAGGCCAAGUUGGGCUAAGUCAUGGGCUGGUGCAGGUUGGUGGCCUGCAAAGUGGCCAGGGGAUGGUGCAGGUUGGUGGCCUGCAAGGUUCUCAUGGUGUGGUCCUUGUAGAUAGGCAAGUAGGAAUGGGUGGAGUGACAGGGCAGGUAGCACAAGGCCAUUCACAAGGAACCCACUCCAGGUCAAGACAGGUGUUAGUGGUGGAGAACGGGUCCUCAGGGGGAGAGCAAGGUGCGCACUUAGCACAGGGCUUUGUUCAGACAGGACAUAGGUCUGCAGAGCAGGGUUUGGAGGUAAGAGGUCAAGGUUUGAAUGUUCAAACUGAGAGUUUUUCACUGGGUUCACGCGGUUCUGCCGGAUCAAAUGAGGACUUUACUGUGACCGCCACACCCAAAUUGAAAGGAAGCCAGAGAGUGGUUGUGCAACGUAAGAAGGUCUCUGUAACUGAGAGGAAUAUUGAAUCUAGUACAAGGGCGUAAAGCAGCCCUUUUGUUUAGCAUAUACACUAGUCACACUAGUUUAGAUAUAUACUGAAAUAUAUUUCAGUAUACUAAAAUAUACUACAGUAUGUAAAUACAUACAGUAGAUGGCCAUACAGAUAGAUAUUGUGAUAAAUUGUGGUAAACUGGUAAAAAGCAUACUUUAGUCUGCUUAACCAAAAGGGCAAUACUGUUUGUUCUCAUCUAGUGAUAACACUACUGCUCAAUGUAACACAUGGCAUUGACUACAUAACUCUCAUGGCCAUAAAAAAGCAUUGCAUGUCCAAUACUUAGCAAAAUGUAAUUCCCCUCUUUGUCUAGUCCCAAGAAUGCCCAUUUAAGCACCAAACGACUUAAAACCAUUAUAUUUAUUUCAGGUAGAAAACUGCAUGGCUUCAGUGCAGGAACAGCCAAAGUAAAUAUAACAGAACUUAACAGUAUAAACAAAAAGGUUACCUGCCCCUACAUGUCUGAUUACAGCUAUAUGCAAGUGUCAGCUAGAUGCUCCUAAAGGCUCACAAGGUUAUUAUAAUGGAUGCAAAAUCAUAGCACCUGACAAAUAAUCAUGUCACUGGUACGGAUUAAUACUCUUAAUAAACUCAUAUAUUUACUUACACAUAUUAUUUAUUUCACUCUGUGCUGUGGGGCAGAUAUAAUCUUACUUAUUGCUCUUCUAGAUUAGAACAACACAGCAUAGAGCUCUUCAGUCACUUGCCUAUAAAAAUUACUCUAAUUAUAC